AUGUCACAAGAAUCACCUUCGGAGAAACGAGUUUCCAAAUGUUCAGGCUGCGGAACCCCUCUUACUGACCACGCAUGGGGAAUUCCGAGCAAGUACUGCGAAGGCGAGGAGCUCAGUUCUCCGAAACACACAAAAUCCGCCACAAUCGCUAGUCCGGACGAAGACGAGCAGAUCAGAGAUCUGGAGAGGGAGCUGGCAGAAUUAGACCUUGAAGAAGAACGAAGAGAGAAACAGACUCGAAUAGCUUUUCUCCAGAAACGGGUGGCCGACAAACGGGCAAAAUUGGCUGCCGGCGACGUGACGACCGGCCGGCCGGAACACGAGUUGCCUCAUGGCCCGUCCAACGUGAAAGAUCUACGUACACUCCUUCCCAAGGACGCCUUACCAACGCCAUUGGAUAGUCUCCUCAAUAUAAAUCCCAGCUCGAGCAGUGCUGCAGACCAAACCCAAUCUUUAUGGAGCAUGCAAGGCCAGCUGCAAGGUGAUUUCCAUACUGUUCCUGCAGGCUCCCAACCGGCCCCGAUUCUUUCAAACUCCUGGCUGGAAUCACGAGCGUCGGAGAUGUUUCUGAGGCCAGCGCAACCCCAAACCGGUGAGAAAGCCUUAAGGAUUGUAGACUUUGUUGACAAUAUUGUCCCUAAAGAUGAGGAGCGAACAAUAGCAGAUGGUGGAAACACCAAAUUAGUUGUAUCCUAUGGGCCUAAAAAGCCCCGUUUAGAACAAAUCACCAUGUCCCAGUGA